GGGAAAGCCUUGGCUGUGAUGCCGCUGGAUGAUGGCUGCUUUCGGGAUCCUAAGUUACGAGCACCGGCCCCUGAAGCGGCCCCGACUUGGUCCUCCGGACGUUUAUCCUCAAGACCCAAGGCAAAAAGAGGAUGAACUAACAGCACUAAAUGUGAAGCAAGGCUUCAACAAUCAACCAGCUGUGUCUGGAGAUGAACAUGGCAGUGCAAAAAAUGUCAACUUCAACCCUUCAAAGAUCAGUUCAAAUUUCAGCAGCAUCAUUGCUGAGAAGCUGCGCUACAACACGUUCCCAGACACGGGAAAGCGUAAACCACAGGUCAACCAGAAGGAUAACUUCUGGCUUGUUACAGCACGGUCACAGAGCUCCAUAAACAAUUGGUUUACAGAUUUGGCCGGAACUAAACCCCUAACACAGCUUGCAAAAAAGGUUCCAAUUUUUAGCAAGAAGGAAGAGGUUUUUGGAUAUUUGGCCAAGUACUCUGUUCCUGUCAUGCGCUCAGCAUGGAUGAUCAAGAUGACUUGCGCAUAUCAUGCUGCCAUUACAGAAACUAAAGUCAAGAAAAGACAUGUGAUUGAUCCCUGUAUAGAAUGGACCCAGAUCAUCACCAAGUACCUCUGGGAGCAGCUCCAGAAAGUGGCCGAGUUUUACAGGCAGGUGCCCAGCCAGGGCUGCGUCUCCCCAUUGCCAGCUACUCCUGCUGAUGUAGAGACAGCCAUGAAGCAGUGGGAAUACAAUGAGAAGUUAGCCAUGUUCAUGUUUCAGGAUGGCAUGCUGGACAGACAUGAAUUUCUGACAUGGGUGCUGGAGUGCUUUGAGAAGGUCCGGCCUGGUGAAGAUGAACUUCUUAGACUGCUGCUACCACUCCUAUUACAGUACUCAGGAGAAUUCGUGCAGUCAGCUUACCUGUCCAGGAGGCUGGCUUACUUCUGUACACGUCGUCUCAACCUGCUGCUUAGCGACGGGAGCCUUGGCCCAGGGACCGGAGGUCACCCAGCUCAUGGCAUCUUGACACAGCCAGGGAAUGCCCUACCCCCUACCCCAACUUCCCAACCAGCAGGAGUGAACCAACCUCAGACUCCCUUCACAGACUUCUACAUCUGUCCACAGCACAGGCCACUGGUGUUUGGGCUCAGUUGCAUGUUACAGAGCACAGUGUUGUGCUGUCCUAGCGCUCUGGUGUGGCACUAUUCUCUAACUGACAGCAGGAACAAGACUGGUUCUCCAUUGGAUCUUCUGCCUAUCGCCCCUUCCAACCUGCCUAUGCCAGGGGGCAACACUGCCUUCACACAGCAGGUACGUGCCAAAGUGCGAGAAAUUGAGGAACAAAUCAAGGAAAGAGGGCAAGCUGUGGAGUUCAGGUGGUCAUUUGAUAAGUGCCAGGAAACCACAGCUGGGUUCACCAUUGGGAGGGUUCUCCACACCCUAGAGGUCCUUGACAACCACAGUUUUGAGAAGUCUGACUUUAGCAACUCGCUGGACUCUCUGUACAACCGAAUAUUUGGCUCAGGCCAGAGUAAAGAUGGUCAUGAGAUGUCACCUGAUGAUGACGCAGUGGUCACCCUGCUUUGUGAGUGGGCAGUGUGCUGCAAGCGGUCUGGCAGACACCGGGCCAUGGUGGUAGCCAAGCUUCUGGAGAAGAGACAGGCUGAAAUAGAGGCAGAGAGGUGUGGUGAGUCAGAGGUGGUGGAUGAGAAGGGCUCUGUGUCAUCAGGCUCUCUCUCAGCAGCCACUCUACCAGUCUUUCAGGAUGUACUGUUGCAGUUCCUGGACACCCAGGCUCCUACGCUGACUGAGCCAGGGAAUGAGAGUGAAAGGGUGGAGUUCUCCAAUCUCGUGCUGCUCUUCUGUGAGCUCAUUCGCCAUGAUGUCUUCUCCCACAACAUCUACAUGUGUACGCUCAUAUCCCGUGGCGACCUGUCCUCCAACUCCCAUCUGCCCCGCCCACGCUCACCUAGUGACGAGCCAUCUGACGAAUCAGAGCGCAAGGAACAGGACGCAGGCAGCAGUGUCAAGAUGGAGGACACUGGUCUGUCAGAGUCAAUGGAGAUUGAUCACAACUCCAGUGCUAAUUUUGAUGAGAUGUUUUCCCCGCCUAUGCACAUUGAGUCCAAGGGGAGCCCCUCCCCCGAGAAGCCAGCCCCAGAACAGGACAGUAAGGCCGCCUAUAAAGAUAAGGGCAUGGAUCCUGCAUUCCCACAAGUGUAUGAGCAGCCUCGUCACAUUCAAUACGCCACCCACUUCCCUAUACCUCAGGAGGAGAGUGCCAGCCAUGAAUGCAACCAGCGUCUUGUGGUGCUUUAUGGCGUAGGCAAACAGAGAGACGAGGCGCGGCACACCAUCAAGAAAAUUACCAAAGACAUCUUGAAGGUGCUCAACCGAAAAAGCACAGCAGAGACAGGAGGAGAGGAAGGACAGAAGAGGAAGAGGAGUAAGCCAGAAGCCUUUCCUACUGCAGAGGAUAUCUUCUCCAAAUUCCAGCACCUCUCCCACUUUGACCAGCACCAGGUCACCUCUCAGGUGUCCAGGAAUGUGCUGGAACAGAUCACCAGCUUUGCCUUAGGGAUGUCCUAUCACCUGCCCCUUGUGCAGCACAUACAGUUCAUCUUUGACCUCAUGGAAUAUUCCCUCAACAUUAGUGGCCUCAUAGACUUUGCUAUUCAGCUGCUGAAUGAGCUGAGCCUGGUGGAGGCUGAGCUGCUGCUGAAGUCCUCCAGCCUGGUGGGCAGCUACACCACAAGCUUGUGUCUGUGUAUUGUUGCAGUCCUGAGGAGGUACCACUCCUGUCUCAUCCUCAAUCCUGAGCAGACUGCACAGGUUUUUGAUGGGUUGCGUAUCGUGGUGAAGUCAGGUGUGAACCCAGCAGACUGUUCCUCUGCAGAGCGCUGCAUACUGGCCUAUCUGUAUGACCUCUAUACCUCCUGCAGUCACCUCAAGAGCAAGUUCGGAGAGAUCUUCAGUGAGUUCUGCUCCAAAGUAAAAAACUCCAUCUACUGCAACAUCGACCCAUCAGACUCCAAUAUGCUGUGGGAACCUAUGUUCAUGAUGGAGGCCAUUGCCAACCCUUCCGCCCACGACUUCAACCACAACGUGGUGGGCAAGAUCCUCAAUGACAGCCCUGCCAAUCGCUACAGCUUUGUUGUGAAUGUACUCAUGGAUGUGUGUAUGGACCACAGAGACCCUGAGAGGGUGAAUGAUAUCGGGAUCCUUUGUGCGGAGUUGACUGCCUACUGCCGCUCUCUGAGUGCUGAGUGGCUGGGUAUUCUCAAGGCCCUCUGCUGCUCCUCCAACAAUGGCAACUGUGGUUUCAAUGACCUGCUGUGCAACGUAGAUGUGAGUGAUCUGACCUUCCAUGAUUCCCUGGCCACCUUUGUGGCCAUUCUCAUUGCUAGACAGUGCCUGCUCCUCGAGGACCUGGUCCGCUGUGUAGCCAUCCCCUCUCUCCUUAAUGCUGCCUGCAGUGAGCAGGACUCUGAGCCUGGAGCCAGACUCACCUGCAGGAUCCUGUUGCACCUUUUUAAGACUCCCCAGCGCAACCCUGUCCCCCAAGAUGGUGCCAAGUCAGAUAAAUCAUCAGUCGGUAUCCGCUCAUCUUGUGAUCGCCACCUCCUUGCUGCCUCUCAGAAUAGCAUAGUGGUGGGAGCAGUAUUUGCUGUCCUUAAAGCUGUCUUUAUGUUGGGUGAUGCAGAGCUGAGGGGGUCAGGGCUGUCUCAUCCUGCAGGCCACGAUGACAUAUCUGGAGGACACACUGUCUCCAUAGAAACAGCCAGUCUGGACAUGUACGCAAAACAUGUUUUGAAGAGCAUCUGUCAGCAGGAAUGGGUUGGUGAACGCUGUCUGAAGUCCCUAUCUGAAGACAGCAGUGCUCUACAGGACCCGGUACUGGUCAACAUCCAGGCCCAACGGUUACUCCAGCUUAUCUGCUACCCCCACCGUCAGCUGGACAGUGACGAUGGCGAUAAUCCCCAGAGGCAGCGCAUCAAACGCAUCCUACAGAACAUGGACCAAUGGACGAUGAGGCAGUCAUCCCUGGAGCUGCAACUAAUGAUCAAGCAAAGUACCAACAAUGAGCUGUACUCUCUGCUAGAGAACAUAGCCAAGGCCACUAUUGAGGUGUUCCAGAAAUCUGCUGAGAUGAACUCCAGUAACCCCUCGGGGAAUGGCGUAGCGGUCGCGGUCAGCUCCGCAUCGAACAACAACAACAACAACAACACGAGCAAGAUGAAACCAAUCUUGAGCUCAUCAGAAAGGUCAGGUGUGUGGCUGGUGGCUCCAUUGAUAGCCAAGCUGCCCACCUCAGUCCAGGGUCAUGUACUAAAGGCAGCGGGAGAGGAGCUGGAGAAGGGACAGCACUUGGGCUCUUCGUCACGCAAGGAGAGGGACCGACAGAAACAGAAAAGUAUGUCUCUGUUAAGCCAGCAGCCAUUUCUUUCUCUGGUGCUGACCUGUCUGAAGGGUCAGGAUGAACAGAGGGAGGGCCUUCUCACCUCCCUCUACAGCCAGGUACAGCAGAUUGUCACCAACUGGAGGGAGGACCAGUACCAGGAUGACUGCAAGGCCAAGCAGAUGAUGCACGAAGCUCUGAAGCUACGACUCAAUCUGGUGGGUGGAAUGUUUGACACAGUCCAGCGCAGUACCCAGCAGACCACCGAGUGGGCUGUGUUACUCCUCGACAUCAUAAGCAGCGGCACCGUGGACAUGCAGUCCAAUAAUGAGCUAUUCACCACUGUACUGGACAUGCUGAGUGUGCUGAUUAAUGGCACACUGGCUGCUGACAUGUCCAGCAUCUCUCAGGGUAGCAUGGAGGAGAACAAGAGGGCCUACAUGAACCUGGUGAAGAAGCUUAGGAAAGAGCUUGGUGACAGGCAGUCAGAGAGUUUAGAGAAGGUUCGCCAGCUGCUGCCGUUGCCCAAGCAGACCCGUGAUGUCAUCACCUGUGAACCACAGGGCUCAUUAAUAGACACUAAAGGGAACAAAAUUGCUGGGUUUGAGAAGGAGGGCC